CCGAAUUUCCUCGCGUGCCUCUCCGGGCGGCCCAACCACUAUAGCUGCUCAUAUCCAAUGAGCAUUUUUCACCGGGCGCCACCGGAAACCUCCCCGCGGCUCAGUGUGGAGAGAACAAGCAGAGUUGGGCGUCAUGAAUUAAAGAAAAGCCUGCAUUUACAAAUCUGAUCACCAAACCCCGCUGCAAGUGUGGUGUGGUUGGACCAUCGGCAGCAGAGCUGUUGCAGUGGAGAUGGUUUUGGACCCGGGUGAGGACUGUAUGGAUCGGACGGGCGUCGACGGGGUCGGAGGGAGCAGCAGCACCACAGACCUGACGGGUCCAGAACCAAGACCGGACCCUCGCAAAACCACCACAACCGACAGCACCGGACUAGAAAACACCAGUCCAGAGCCUCCCAAAACCACCACCAACAACAGCACCGGACUAGAAAACACCAGCCCAGAGCCACCCAAAACCACCAACAACAACAGCACCAGACUAGAAAACACCAGUCCAGAGCCUCCCAAAACCACCACCAACAACAGCACCAGACUAGAAAACACCAGUCCAGAGCCUCCCAAAAUCACCACCAACAACAGCACCAGACUAGAAAACACCAGCUCAGAGCCUCCCAAAACCACUACCAACAACAGCACCAGACUAGAAAACACCAGCUCAGAGCCUCCCAUAACCAAUAGCACCGGACUAGAAAACACCAAACCGGAUGCCCCCAAAACCACCACCAACAGCACCCCCACUAGAACAGAAGAGACCAGGCCUGACACUACCAAAACCACCACCAACAGCACCCCCACUAGAACAGAAGAGACCAGGCCUGGGACUACCAAGACCACCACCAACAGCACCCCCACUAGAACAGAAGAGACCAGGCCUGGCACUACCAAAACCACCACCAACAGUACCCCCACUAGAACAGAAGAGACCAGGCCUGGCACUACCAAAACCACCACCAACAGCACCCCCACUAGAACAGAAGAGACCAGGCCUGGCACCGCCAAAAGAACAGAGGAACCAACAGCGGAUCCUCCCACCACCACCAACACUAGGCUCCACGCCAGGACAAGCCGUGUCACUAAGAGGGAGCGGGUAUCCAACUCCCACAAUGGACCCCAGCCUCAACCUCAGUCGUUGGUGGCAGAUGUCAGCCUUACCCCCAGCCCUAGGGCCAGUGUUGGCUCCUCUACCAACUCCUCUCGCUCAGUUUUGCCAUACGAUGGACCGGUUGUCUCUCUGCGGCGGGACGUCACCGUGGCAACGGCCUCGUCUCGGAAUAAGGUGGCGACCAGACCCGCUCUCCGCCGGCCUCUCAGCCUGGACGUGGCGCCCCUGCGCCUCCGUGGCUCCGAGCCCGCUCUUGACCGUGGGGUCCUACAACCCCCCUGGCGCAGCACUGGUGGUCCCUCCACUGCCCCCUCGCCCCCAGCACGCUCCCUCACCAGCCCCAGCCUGGGCCCCGGAGGCUGGAUGCGCCGCAGCGAGAGCACCUGUACCGUCAACAACUCCUCAAUGGGCCUCCGGGCCACCAGGGGGCGUAUGCGUCCAGCCACCUCCCUUCCCCAUAUUGCCCGGGGGUUUGGAGGGGCCUCCCCGCUGCCCUUGCCCUCCACACCGCGAGGCCCCUGUCUCCUUGUGGCCCUAAGACCCAUUAACCUAGACCAGGAGAGGCAGGCCUUCUUCCAGUCCGACUAUAAAUACGACCCCCAGUUUGAGUACUCGACCCCGGAGCCCAGCGCUGUGCUGGAGAAAUACAAAGAUGGAUCUGACCUCUUCCUCGCACAGGCUGUUGGGAUUAUGGAGUGUAUUCUGAGGAAGUUUGGUAACUAUGAGAACUUUGAGGAAGUGACGGGAGGAAGUAUUUUACCAAAGAGUCGAGUCUGGGCUGCUGCACGCAAGUACCUGCAGAAAGAGAACUGUGUAGGAGAGGUGGUGGUGUGUCUGUCUGAUGAGCUGCUGUCCCAGGCGGUGAUGAUGGUGGAGAGUUGUCGUCCCACUCUGACUAUCAACCUGUCUGGAGCACGACAACACUGGCUGGAGGGCAUGCUCAGGCAUGAGAUAGGAACCCACUACCUUCGAGGUGUGAACAACAACCUCCAGCCCUGGUCUACUUCCGCAGGCAGGAAGCAGUAUGGCCUCAAACCGGCCAAUCCCACGGAAGAAGGCCUGGCCAGCCUGCACAGUGUGUUGCUACGGAAACAGCCCUACCUGUGGCGCGCCGCUCUGCUCUACUAUACGGUGUAUCACGCCACCAGGAUGGGCUUCAGCCAGCUCUUCAGCCACAUCGCUCAGUUCGUCCAGGAUCCCGCGGUGCGCUGGGAGUACUGCCUCAGAGCCAAGAGGGGACAGACGGACACCUCGGAGCCUGGCUGUUUCAGUAAAGAUCAGGUGUACCUGGACGGAAUCCUCAGGAUUCUACGACAUCGGAGGAACAUCGACUUCAAGAUGCUGACCUCGCUAGGCAAGGUGUCGUUUGAGGACGUAGAAAGGCUACAGCACAUCGCUGUCCUGCGCCGGACCAGAAUCCCUCACUUCAUGCAGGACCAGGAGAAAUACCUUCAGAAUCUGGACCACAUCGUCACGGUCAACGAACUGAGCGACGCUCAGCUUAGAGAACUCCUUCCCUGACUGACCGACCGACCGACCUUCAGCUGAGCGCGGUAGAUCACCUGCUGGGCGUCAACAAAAGUGGCGAUUCAACAUGUAGAAUGGUCGGGAAAUUAAUAGAAAAUGGCGGAUGAUGUUCGGUGGUCAGAGGCGUUAAGAAUGGUCACCUGCUGCUAAUUACCUCUGGUGUAGCGUGGUCUGUUUUCCCCUUGACUGACUGACCCCCUCUGGUCUAGACUGGCCAUCCAUCCUUGACUGACCCCCUCUUGUCUAGACUGGCCAUCCAUCCUUGACUGACCCGCUCUGGUCUAGACUGGCCAUCCAUCCUUGACUGACCCCCUCUGGUCUAGACUGGCCAUCCCAUCCUUGACUGACUGACCCCUCUGGUCUAGACUGGCCAUCCCAUCCUUGACUGACCCCCUCUGGUCUAGACUGGCCAUCCCAUCCUUGACUGACCCCCUCUGGUCUAGACUGGCCAUCCCAUCCUUGACUGACUCCCUCUGGUCUAGACUGGCCAUCCCAUCCUUGACUGACUCCUUCUGGUCUAGACUGGCCAUCCCAUCCUUGACUGACUCCCUCUGGUCUAGACUGGCCAUCCCAUCCUUGACUGACUCCCUCUGGUCUAGACUGGCCAUCCCAUCCUUGACUGACUCCCUCUGGUCUAGACUGGCCAUCCCAUCCUUGACUGACUGACCCCUCUGGUCUAGACUGACCCUAAGUGUCAUUCAUCACUCUGCUGUUGGAAAGCCCUGGAAAAUGAAGGCCAGCGUCUGACAGACAGAGUUUGUGGAACGAACAGAUCAACACUCAGAUCAUAUCUACUACGCUUGGAUCAUAUUCACUAUGGCUGAGUCCUAAACGGCACCCUAUUCUCUGUAUAGAGUCAUAUGGACCCUGGUCAACAGUAGUGCACUACCCUAUGGACCCUGGUCAACAGUAGUGCACUACCCUAUGGACCCUGGUCAACAGUAGUACACUACCCUAUGGACCCUGGUCAACAGUAGUGCACUACCCUAUGGGCCCUGGUCAACAGUAGUGCACUACCCUAUGGACCCUGGUCAACAGUAGUGCACUACCCUAUGGGCCCUGGUCAACAGUAGUGCACUACCCUAUGGACCCUGGUCAACAGUAGUGCACUACCCUAUUGGACCCUGGUCCAAAGUAGUGCACUACCCUAUGGACCCUGGUCAACAGUAGUGCACUACCCUAUGGAUCCUGGUCAACAGUAGUGCACUAUAAAGGGAACAGGCUGCCAUGUGGGAUGCAUCCUAUAUCAUGGUCAUACAGUCCAACAGAUCAAUGGAUUGUUGUGAUGACAGCAGUCCUGCAGGGAAACAGAACGGUUCUUCUGAUACCUGGAUGAUGUCUACCUUGGGGUUCAUAUUCAACCCCCUGGAUGAUGUCUACCUUGGGGUUCAUAUUCAACCCUCUGGAUGAUGUCUACCUUGGGGUUCAUAUUCAACCCUCUGGAUGAUGUCUCCCUUGGGGUUCAUAUUCAACCCUCUGGAUGAUAUCUCCCUUGGGGUUGAUAUUCAACCCUCUGGAUGAUGUCUACCAACCCCCUGGAUGAUGUCUACCUUGGGGUUCAUAUUCAACCCCCUGGAUGAUGUCUACCAACCCCCUGGAUGAUGUCUACCUUGGGGUUCAUAUUCAACCCUCUGGAUGAUGUCUCCCUUGGGGUUCAUAUUCAACCCCCUGGAUGAUGUCUACCUUGGGGUUCAUAUUCAACCCUCUGGAUGAUGUCUACCUUGGGGUUCAUAUUCAACCCUCUGGAUGAUGUCUACCUUGGGGUUCAUAUUCAACCCUCUGGAUGAUGUCUACCAACCCCCUGGAUGAUGUCUACCUUGGGGUUCAUAUUCAACCCUCUGGAUGAUGUCUACCAACCCCCUGGAUGAUGUCUACCUUGGGGUUCAUAUUCAACCCUCUGGAUGAUGUCUACCUUGGGGUUCAUAUUCAACCCUCUGGAUGAUGUCUACCUUGGGGUUCAUAUUCAACCCUCUGGAUGAUGUCUACCAACCCCCUGGAUGAUGUCUACCUUGGGGUUCAUAUUCAACCCUCUGGAUGAUGUCUACCAACCCCCUGGAUGAUGUCUACCUUGGGGUUCAUAUUCAACCCUCUGGAUGAUGUCUACCAACCCCCUGGAUGAUGUCUACCUUGGGGUUCAUAUUCAACCCUCUGGAUGAUGUCUACCAACCCCCUGGAUGAUGU